AUGGUUCUCUCAAAAAGGAACAUAAAUUUCUUUUUUGAUGCAAAACAAGAAGAUGAAUUAAAGAAGGCAUUUGACCUGUUAGAUGGAGAAGGCAUUGGAAAAAUAGAUUCAGAUGAUAUCUUCAUUGUAAUUCGCGCUCUUGCUAUACAUGUAACGCCUUUCGCAAUUUCAAAAUUGCUUAAACGUUACGAUCCUCAACGUACAGGAAGCCUGGAUUUUAGAGCAUUUCUUUACAUAAUGGAAAUUCUAAUUUUUAGCGAAUUCACAGAUGAUGAAAUAAGGAAAUCGUUCGAGAUAAAUUGUCAACAGGAUUCUACAUCUCUUCAAUUUGAUGACUUGAAACGAGUAGCCAUGCAAUUAAACGCAAAUAUUUGUGAAGAAGAUCUACAAGGUUGA